AAACCGAUCUUCUUUUGGGUUUUAUCUAUAUUUGCAUUUUCAAGCAGUUGCUUAAUUCUUGAUGCUCUUUUCUUACUUUUUUUUUUCUUUUCUGAAUUUCAUUCGGUUUUUGAAGCGUUUUUGUGUUUGAAUUUCCAUUUGUUGCUGGGAUUUUUCUUUCUUUCUUUAUUUUUCUUGUUCGGGGAUUAUUCAAUUUGUCUGGCUGAUGUUUGGUUGCUCUGAAAACAGUGGAAAAUAUUUCCAGUAAAUUUGGCCUACACAUCAUGAAAUUCAAAAAAGGGAGUAAGCUGAAAAUAAUGAGCAAAAAGAAGGUGGCUUUAGGACCGCAAUGUUCUUUGGAAGCAUUAAGAAGCAAUGGCCCCAACUAUAUGGCUGGACAUGUUAAGUCUAAGGGUGUCAACAACCAUGCUCUGGUGGAGCAGGUGUCUCAAAAGGUCGUUAUGCCCUGCCACACUCAUUUAGACCUUUCAGAGGCUUGGGCUCCUGGUGAUGUUGUUGAGGUGUUUGAUAACAACUCAUGGAAAAUGGCCACAGUCUCUGAGGUUUUGGGGAAAAUGCACAUUCUUGUCAGAUUACUUGGAUCCUCUCAGGAGUUUAAAGUCAGAAAAACCGAUAUCCGGGUUAGACAAUCGUGGAAAGAUGAUGAUGAUGCAUGGGUUAUGGUUGGAAAGGGAAAUAAAAAUUCUAAUGAAGGGAAGCUCGAUGCCAAUCUAUUUUUGAACCACAGUCACAAUUCAAUCUCUCAAGUUCAGAAGACAAACUCAAGGACAACUCCGUGGAAAAAAGAUGAUUGUUUUGCUAUUAGGAACCAAAAUCAUAAAGAUGACUACAAUGUAAGAAUUUUGAAGAGAUCAACCGAUUGCUCAUCUAAAGCAUUUUAUGGAGCUAGCCAUAAAGUUAGAUUGAUUGAGAAAGAGGGCAGAUAUGUUAAGGUGGUUGCUGCAAAUCCAACAGAGUUGCCUAAUAAACUGCAGAUAGAUCCUGUUUCUUAUCCUAGAGAUUCUCUGGGUGAAAGACAUAGGCCUGCAUCACUGAAUCACAGACUUGGUGGGCAUUUGAAAAUGGAUAUGAAGGGCAAGGAACCAGUUAGUCCGGUUCGAGAAUUGAACGAUGCAGAUAGCAUUAUGUGCUCUGUUGGUAGUUGCAGCAUCAGCAGUGACAACUCAAGUGAGAUGCCCUUUGAUGUGUCUGCUGGUGUCACUGAUCAAAUUACUGGUCACUCCUGUGAUGAUCGAUCACCUCAUCAUUCGGGAUUCGAAGGAAAUUGUCUCCCUACAAAUGAAGAAUUGGCAGCUGAAAUUCAUAGGCUGGUUAAGAUCGAGACUGGAGUCUUCUCGAUGCCAAGCGAUGGCGAAUGCUCGAGAGGUUAUACUUUAAACCUUUCUAUUACUUUGUAUAUUCAACUUGGUAUACAAAACCAACUGUAUAACCACCGCUACACCACAGUCUACAACAGAUAUUUGGCUUCAUAUAGUGAAACUUUUGGUAAUGUAAUUCACUUAAACCAUGUCAGGGAUACAUCGUAUUCAACCAUUUAUUUUUCAAAUUCUUUUACUGUUGGAUAUUGUUAUUACCUGGGAUUUGUUCUUAGACUGUACUUUGUUUUAUGGUUUUUGCCUGCUGAAGACAGCAUCUAAACAAAAGGCCUUAGCUUUUUAAAGAGGUUCAGGCAGUGGCCAUACUAGAGGUCCCAUCUCUAACAGCCUGCUGAGGUUCAAGUAGUAUGGUACCAGAUGAAACAGAGGAGCUCUUUCCACACAACACCCAAGUAGCCCAUUUCAUGAUUCCUCAUCAAAAUUCAAUUUUCCAUCAUUAUCAUACUUGCUUUUCUCUCUCUUAAACAGGAGAAAAUAAACCAACCCACAACCCACAAACCCCUUUUUGCCAAAUAUUUUAUUCUUAAAAUUUCAAGGAAGAUGUCAUGGUCUAAAAAUCAGGACAAAGAAAACAAUCUCACAGCUCGAGAUAAAUGUUAUUGUUUUUCUUUUUCCCUUUUUAAUAUAAGAAAAAAGAACAAAUUGUUGACAGAGACAGAGACAGAGAGAGAGAGAGAGAGAGUAUGAAGAUUGGCAUCUUAAAAAGUAGCCAAGCAGUCAUUGUUUCUGCAUACAUACCCUGCAUUUUAAUAAAACAAACAAAAAUUGAAAAAGAGAGAAAAAGAGUGGGUUUGUUGAUGGGAAAGUGAAUUGAUUUUGAUUUUGUCUUUGAGAUCUUAAGAAAGAGGGGAGUUGAUGGGCAUGAACCCUACAAGGAAAAGGCCACCAGCAUUUAUGGGGCUCCACCAAAUCCUCUGCUAUUGUCUCAUUAGCAACUCUUUCUGAUUGGCAUUCCCAUGUGAUCUUGCUCCCUUUCUCACACUGACAAACUUAGAGAUGGAGAUAUACAUAAUAGAAAAUGUCUCCUUCCAAUUCCAACACCCAUUCUUCUAAUCAUCUCAUAUUACCCAUAAUCUUCCCCACUAACAAUCUCUUCUUUCCAUCCAUAUCCAAAUUAAGCAAAUCCCUUAAUUGGGUAUUGACAAACAAAUCAAAGUUUGUAUCUUUUUUUGUAAAACAUAAUUUGAUUCUUUGAAGCAAGGAAGAAGUGGUCAGGAAGUCCCAUCAGUUAUUGGCAUCUCUGUCUCUCUCUUUUGAUAUGUGCUUGUAUUUUAGUAACAGUUAUAGAUUCUUUGUUUGGAGAGAGAGAAAAUAAAUGGUUGUUGUUGUUUUUGUUUUUGUUGUUGUCACCUUUAUCUCAUCAUACAGUGCUUCCUUUGAAAAGCAAAGUAGAAAGUACAUGUGGCAGAUUGCAGACCCCAACUAAAGUCUUCUCAGCAAUGCAUAUAUAUAUAUAUAUAUAUAUAUAUAUACACACCAGUAAUCAUAUGGCAGUUAAAAUAA